CCACGCACGAGGACCCCCUCCUGGGUGCAUAUAAAGCCACGUAUCUUGUCUUUCGUCCCCCAACUCGAUACACAUCGCCGGUCAACGUCGACCACCUGCUCCCCGGUCUUUUACAGGCUAUCUUGCAUGUUCUCUAACCAGUUAGGGAGCCCCCACAACCCCCAUAGAGGCACCAAGCACACCUGCGGCGACGGACUAUAUCACCAUUAAAACCAGUUUUUUCACCCUGUCAUAUUCAGUAAACUAAACCUCAUCGAAACAAGAUGGCACCCGCUACGAACUCUUCCGGCUUGAACACGCCCGAGUCUGAGCUCGAGUCGGUCCUCCCCAUACACCCAACCGCCGCUCGCCGUCCCUACCCCAUCAUAGUGCAGUCCGAGCAGACCUCCUACAGCGACCAGUACAUCACGUCCAAGUUCAUCAAUCGUGACGCUCAGGUCGCUGUCAAGGAUGGACAAUACACGGUCACUCCUACUGUGAAGGAGUAUGAGUUCCAGACUGCGAGAAAGGUCUCCAAGACUGGAUUGAUGAUGAUCGGCUGGGGCGGAAACAACGGCUCCACCCUGUCCGCUACGAUCCUCGCUAACCGCCACAACAUCGUCUGGCACACCAAAUCCGGCAUCCAGCAGCCCAACUAUAUCGGUUCCCUCCUCCGCGCCUCUACAUUCCGCUUGGGCAUGGACCCCGCCACCGGCAAGGACAUUCACGUCCCCGUCUCCGACGUCCUGCCGAUGGUGCAUCCGAACGACCUCGUCCUCGGCGGCUGGGACAUCUCCGGCGCACGCCUGGACGAGGCCAUGAAGCGCGCCCAGGUGCUCGACUGGGACCUCCAACGCCAGGUCGUGCCGCACAUGGCUGCGCUCGGCAAGCCGCUCCCGUCGAUCUACUACCCCGACUUCAUCGCCGCGAACCAGGAGGCGCGCGCGGACAACGUCCUGCCCGGCACGGACAAGCAAGCCCACCUCGAGCACAUUCGGGCGGACAUCCGGCGCUUCAAGGAGCAGAACGCGCUCGACCGCGUCAUCGUGUUUUGGACGGCGAACACGGAGCGCUACAGCGACAUCAUCCCCGGCGUGAACGACACCGCGGACCACCUCCUCGCGGCGAUCAAGCACUCGCACCCGGAGGUGUCGCCGUCGACGCUGUUCGCCGUCGCGGCGAUCCUGGAGGGCGAGCCGUUCGUGAAUGGCGCACCGCAGAACACGUUCGUCCCGGGCGUGAUCGAGCUCGCGGAACGCGAAAAGUCGUUCAUCGGCGGCGACGACCUCAAGUCGGGCCAGACGAAGCUCAAGUCGGUCUUGGCCGAGUUCCUCGUGAACGCGGGCAUCAAGCCGCUCUCGAUCGCGUCGUACAACCAUCUCGGGAACAACGACGGGCACAACUUGUCUGCUGAGCCGCAGUUCAAGAGCAAGGAGAUCAGCAAGAGCAGCGUCGUCGAUGACAUGGUCCACGCGAACGCGUUGCUGUUCAAGCGUCCUGAAGAGGGUGCAGCGAAGGGCACAAAGGCGGCCAAGGGAGAGCAUCCGGACCACAUCGUUGUCAUCAAGUAUGUGCCUGCGGUCGGGGACUCGAAGCGCGCGAUCGACGAGUACUACUCUGAGAUCUUCUGUGGCGGUCGCUCGACGAUUAACAUCUUCAACGAGUGCGAGGAUUCGCUCCUGGCGACGCCCCUCAUCCUCGACCUGACGAUCCUCACGGAGCUACUGACGCGCGUUAGGUACCGCGAUGUCACUGCCAAAGCCGAAUUCACGCCGCUGUAUCCGAUCCUCUCGCUGUUGUCGUACAUGCUCAAGGCCCCGCUCGUCAAGCCUGGCACGGACGUCGUCAAUAGCCUGAACAGGCAGCGCAAUGCGCUCGAGGCGUUCCUCAAGGCGUGCAUUGGCCUUGAGGGUUCUAGCGACCUGUUGCUUGAGACGCGCGUGUGGUAAGCUGGUGGUGAUGUGUGUGAAGAGAUAUAGAACACUGCGUGCGAAUUUUCAACAAAUCUGCGUAGACAGAAUGACUGCCGUUUCUGCCAUUCAUCUGGUGGACAAUGCUUGCUUGGUGCCAAUGUACAUAUCAUGACUGCUAUUUAAUCGACAUGUGUCAAACGUUUUUGGCUGCG